AUGUCAAAACUUUUCUUGAUUCUUCUAAUUUUCCUUGCUCAAAAAUCUGUGGCUCAAUCGGAUGAUCCUCAAAAUUUGGCCAAUUCUUUAGCCCACAAACUCUAUCAAGCAACUGCUGAAAAGAAUCACAAAAUGCUCAAGGAUAUCAUCAAUUUUCCGCUGGAAACCUAUGUUUCCGAAAAAUGUGCCCGAGAAUGGAAAAAUGCUCCAAAUUCGACGAUUAGUUUUGACAAAUGGAUAGAACUGGUUGAGAAAAUUCCGGACAAUGAGAAUCCCAAAUUCACUCAUGAAACUAUUCAAGGUGCCACGUGGCAAAUCGAAAACUCUGAACAGAUUUUGAGAUAUGAAAGUGUGGUUUAUGGGAUGGUUUCGGAAUUUCAGGCGAAGAUUUUUGAUGGAAAUUGGAAAAUUUUUAGAGAUACGGUUGUUGAGUGCUGA